GCCCGUCCCGCCCGCUGGUGCCGCCCCCAGUAUGGCGACACGGUAGAGGAGCGGCUGCGGUGAGGUGACCGCCCCCUCCCGCCUCCCUCGGCACAGGCACGACGCGCCGCGGGCGAGCGAGCGGCCUCGGCGGCUCUGCUGCCGCCGGUGCCCCCCACAGGGCUCAGCGGCGGCGGAGGAUGGCGGCAGCGGUCACGGCGGCGGCCGGCAUAGCAGCAGCGGCGGGGCCGAGCGGCCGCGCGGAGGGAGCCAGCACCGUCCCGAGCAGCUCAUGGUGGCGCCCCAGACCCGCGAGCAGCGGCCGCGCCGGGGCCGCCAGCUGAGCCGGAUCCCGGCGGGCGGCUCUCCCCUCUCGACACCGACCCACCGAGCGACCCGUUCCCCUUCCCCGGCGCGCCCUCUCCCCCUUCCCCGGCGCGACUCGCGCCUCGGAUCGCCCUUGCCGGGGCCGGACUUCCACCACCCCCGGGCACCGCGGGGAAGGCGGCGGCGAAGGGCACCGGGCAGCGCCAGGAGGCGGCGGGACCAUGGGCGCAAAGCAGAGCAGCCCCACCGCCGCCAAUGGCCGCACCCGGGCGUACUCGGGUGGGGAUUUACCUUCCUCCACCAGCAGCAGCGGCGGCGGCGGCGCUAACGGGACCGGCGGGCGCUCGGCGGGCGCUGGCGGGCGGUACUCGCACCUGGCGGCGGCGCCUCAUGCCGCUCCCGGCGGCGCGGCAGCGACAGCGGCGGCGGCAGUGGCGGGGGGUGCCGCCGCGGGGUCGGCCCCCCGAAGCAGGUCCUUAGGGGGGGCCACCGCCGCCGGGGCCCGGGCCGCACAGUCCUCCUUCAACAUCCCCCACAGCAGCGGCCCCUACGGCUCGCAGGACUCGGUCAGCAGCACCCCGGAGGAGGGCGGCCGGGAGCGGCCCGCGGGGGGCGGCGGCGGCGGCUCCUCCGGCGGGCCCCGGCUGGUGAUCGGCUCGCUGCCCGCUCACCUCUCGCCGCACCUGUUCGGAGGAUUCAAGUGCCCUGUAUGUUCAAAAUUUGUAUCUUCUGAUGAAAUGGAUUUACAUCUUGUGAUGUGUCUGACAAAACCAAGGAUAACCUACAAUGAGGAUGUGCUGAGUAAAGAUGCUGGGGAGUGUGCAAUAUGCCUGGAAGACCUGCAGCAAGGAGAUACUAUAGCACGGCUGCCUUGCCUCUGCAUAUAUCAUAAAGGCUGCAUAGAUGAAUGGUUUGAAGUAAAUAGAUCUUGCCCUGAGCAUCCAUCAGAUUAAGACAAGAUUCAUGUUUUUAGCUGCUUCCACUGAUAAGAAAACACAGGAGGUGUGAGGUUCCUUUGCUGAACACAGCAUGCCUGGCUUGAGACUCACAGUUCUUUGUGGCUGAAAAAGGCAAAGAUGGACAGUGACAUGGAAAAAGCAUUGCAGAAACUGGUUACUUGCCAGUAGUGCUCAGUAUACCAAACACUCACGCAAAAGACACACAGGGAUUUUGAAAAUGCUGCACAUUCUGUAACAAUCGACUCCCCACAGACGUUACUGACGCUAUUUUGUAUUGAAGGCCAAAGUUCCUAAUUUCAGCCUCACUUCUGGUUCUGUGAAGAAGCGGGUUAUUGGACAUGUGCCUCAAGUGGAAGUGGAGAUGUUCGAUAUGUGCUAUCUGAAACCCUUGCAGGAAGAUGGCCCCGGUUUUGAGUGGGAAUGUUUUCACCUUCUUGUUGGCUGAAGAACAGUAAAAUGGCAAACUAAAUAGAAUCUAACAGUGUGACCUUAAUUUACUGAAUUCACACCCUGUUCUGUGUUCCUCACUUUUUUCAAGAACAGAAAACAUAAACUUCUCUGCAUAGGAAUACUGUAUUUCAGAAUUUUGUAACUAAAUGUUGGUCACAAUGCAGUCCAAAGAGUAAAACCAAGACAGGCAACUAAUUUCUAUUGAUCCAGCUAUAGGGAUUGUUGAAAUCUGCACAUUGUGUUGCUAUUUAAAUAACUAAAACUUCUCUUUUACUGCUUGUGAGUAAAAACAACAACAACAAAAAAAAAAUUGCAGCAAAGCAAAACCUUACAGCUAUGCAACUUUUUUUUAACUAGGGAAAAAAGAAGAAUUAACCAGUUUUAAGUGCUGCCAGUUCAAGGUAAUUUGUUUAACGGGUAUUUUUUUAACAAUGUUUCAGGUAAUUAUUUUGUUGUACUACUAUCAUCUCCAGGCUGCCUCCUGAUGUGUAAAUGAAUAACUGCAAAUGCGGGCACAGCAAGAGGUUUCUAUAGGCAUGGGUGAGAUAACAUCGAGGUGGGAUUUGUUUUUCAGUUUUAAAACGCGCAAGAUUCUCUUUCUUUGUUUGAAUGUGGGUUUUUUUGGUGACAGGAUCUGUAGUACUUUGCAUGUAAGUCCUUGGUCUCUUCAUGUGGAGAACAGCAUUUGACAGUGUGGUUUGUUUCUUGUUUCAUUUUGUUUUUUUAAUGUACCUGCGUUUGUUUAAUUUAUUAUUAUUUUACUGUAUUAUAUUGGUACAAACCAGGGCUCCGUAAAACACAAGAUGUCUCGGGGGAGGGUACACCAAGUAAAGCUGUGGAUAAGUAUUAGUUCCCAUAAAGUAUCACAGUUCAAAAAAGACAAUAAACUGGAACAGCUGUCAGGGCUUAGAAGUAUACUUUUUAUAUCUAGAAUUAAACAUAGUAGUUUCUUAAUUUCACAGCACAGGGAAAAGUUUAUGAAUAUUUAUUAGCGACAGCAUUUUAGUGAGUUUCAAUAGUUAAAAUAAAUUGCACACACUUCAAACACUUUUUCCUGUACAUAAAUAAUUCUGCUCUUUUUUUUUUUUUUUUUUGUUUAAGUACAUAUUUCUCUCUGUUGCUACUGUGAUUUAUAUCAAAAAGGACAAAGAACAGGAGCAACUGCUGCUAUCUGGAGAACAAGUGCAGUGCACGUUACUGAACUCUAUGUUGCAGAUAGAGCAAUCUUGUUAUCCAGAGCAGUUCUUGCCUGGAUAACAUUUUCUUCUGAAUGUUGUUCUGUGAAAUGCCUUUGUUAUGCUGCAAAUCUAAAAGAGUCCAAACUAGAUAAUUGUCAUAAUUGCCAGUGCAGUUUCUACAUUUUGGGCUUGCAUCACUGGUUUCAGCUGAACCUGUAGCUACGGGCCCCUGUUAUAUUCUUUUUUUCAGUGGGAGCAGAAUCAUUUUGUCACACUUUGAAUUCUGUAGUCACAUCAAAUGUACAGUCAUUCCCUGUACAGAUUCCUUUUUAGACAAGAAUAUUUGUGUUGCCUUGUAUUGUCAUGGGGGGGAGGGAGAGGAUGAGGAAUUACAGCACCUGUAAUACUCCCAUAGUGGUGUUGCCUGCAGGCCCACUUUUCCACUGUUUUAAAUUCCUGCUAUCUUCUGAAAGUAAAGCUUUUGCAUUUGCAUUGGUUUAAUGUUUGCUGUUAGCUUCAUGCCUACAGAAACUCACCUAUAAUAAUGUAAAGGGCGUAGGUAAUUGUUUUGGUGUCCUGUGCUCCAAGGUCAUAGAUAGCCUUUGGCUUAGGGUUUAAGUAGGUAAAUAAUAUAAAUCUGUUUACAACUUAAGCUCAGUUUUAAUCGUUCAUAUUUCUAGUUCAUUUACUAUUUGAGCUUGUUUCAAAAACCUUAAUUUUCUGUAUUCAGAUGCAAGUGACUGGUUUAAAGACCCAGCAGUUAUCGCUGCUGUACUACAUUUAGGACCAGUGUUUGAAAAGCACGCCACUAGCAAUCACAGUGGUUUUGCAGGCAAGUGUCUGUUGCUGCUUCCGUGAGCACAGCAGAGCAGCAGUACCUUGGAUUAUUUGAGGAACUGAUACAAGGUCAGGCCUAGAUCCUAGUUUGGCACUCUUGGUAUCCAUAAAUUUCUUCUGGAAGGCUAUGGGAGAUUUUCUUGUGUUAAAACCUGUAGUAUAGACCAAGCCUAGAAUGACCCUGACAGCAUGAGGGCGAUGCUUGUGUUUGAAAACGCUUGCAGAAACUCACCUACAUAAACUUUGUUUCACCAGCUGUGUUGGUCAGUUGAUGAUGACCAUGAUGCAGGCAUAGCUCUAGUCAUAGGCAACACCUUUGUUUUAAAAGCAUCCUCACCUCAGUGGUUCUGAGUCAUUGUGCUUCAGAAGGAGAAAAUCAACACUGAACAAGUCCCGUGUCUCGAUCAAGGAAUACCACACUUGUCCACAAGAAGCAAUAACUUAAAUUACGGAGCGAUACACUUCUUUGCCUGUAAAUAUCUUGAGGUUGCCAAUUCUGUGCUGUUUCAGUGUAUUUCCUGUCAUCUGGCCUGUAUCUUCCCUAAGUAUGUAAGGGUGUGAAGUAAUUCCCAUACUCAGGUCUGCCAUUAACAUGCUGCUUGCCAGGAGGGGAAGAGUAGACUCAACACUGUCUUGAAAUGUGAGAUGUUUCUGAACUUGUAACAUACCCAUAUAUCUUGAGUAGCAACUUGUGUUUUGAAGUUCAUAGUGGAGGUAGCUAUGAGUUGGAUUGUAUAUAAUCAUAUCCCAUACAACACCAAGAGAGCCAUGCCACUGUCCCCACAGGGCACGCACUGUCCUUUCUCUCCUAAUAAAUCAGUAUAUUUAUGCCAACACUUGCUUUUUAAAGGAGGUAGCUAAUUUUCUUUCAACGUGUAUGUUCGUAUGGGAGACAUAAAAGCAAAAAUGCAAAGCACACUGCAAUUUGUGGGAAGAAUAAAGCCUAAACCAGAUGGUCUUAUUUGUAAUCAAUUUUACUUUCAUAUUCAAGGGUAGGUGUACUGCAGUAUUUUGAAAUGGGAAAUGUGUAGGUGAUGCACAAAGAUGUGGGUGGAUACUAGUGACCUCUUUUUUUCCCUUUUAUGAUGUAAAGGGGGUAUUACGACCUAAUCUUAAGUUUAUACAUUUAUCCUAGUUCUUUAUGUUAGGGGCAUUGGCCUUUUAAUUAAGUCUUUGCUAAAAGGCUGGAGAACUAGUAAAACUGACACCCUCCCAAAGACUAAAACCUCAGCAAAUGUGGGAAAGGUAAUUUUUAUUCAGAAAUGUGGAUCUUUGGUGUUUCUGGAUGGAUAAUGUCUAGCACAUAAAAUGUGCUUAUGGAUGCUUUUAGUAUGCUGCCUUUUCUAUGUGAGGGCUUCAGAAACUCGCUCCAUUUCUUAUGCGUUCUACCAAAAGCAGGGAACUCAUCACUUGAAUGUUACUAUCUCUGCAUAAACAGCAACAAAGCAUACAUUAUUUUUACUACAGGCCAUGAUCUCUCUGAAUUUCUGUGAAUUUUAGCUGCUUUCCCAUAUUGAAAGAGAAUAUUUGUGUGCACAUUUGCUACUGCUGUUUUGUACCUGCUAAUUUUGCUGUACAGUGGGAGUUUCCUGCCAAGAGACUACCAUAUACCUGGGGGUGCAGCACUGCUACUAUGGGACUUUCCACCUCACCUUUGCCAGUGGAGGAUUAUCUCAUUUUUUGAUGAGUGCUAUAUUUUAUGAUUCACCUUCCACCCUUCCAAGCCUAAAACUCUCUUCAGUAUCUAUUUCUUUUCCUCUUCCUAGCUGAGGUCACGAUACAUUUUAGGCCAUAUUCCUUCGAUCUUUGGACAGGCUUUGCAUUGCCAUCAGCAAAAGUAAUGUAAGAGGUUGUAGCUGGAAGAAGAGGGCUUGUUAUGGGUUCGCUACAACUGAGCCAAACGUGUGUUUUCCUGCAGCAGUAUCAUCAGCUUGUACCACUUAACUUCUUGUCAUUCAAAAUGCUCUGCGUGAGAAAUUCACAACAGAACUAUGUCCAGGAUUUGUUUCCUGAAUGUAGAACUUACAUUUCUCCAUAUAAAUCAACCUGCUUCUAAUAUCAGGUUGAAGAUGUUUUAGCCAGUGGUUAAAAAAAAUCCCCAGUCCUCACUCUGCAGUUGUCCCAAGUUGCAUUCAGUUAUCUUACCACACAGUUCGCUGGCUUCCCAAGCUGCUGCAUCGCGUUCUGAAAAGUGAUUUCUCAGUUAAGUCCAUCAGAGCUGACGAUGGGAUAAACUGUAAAACGACCUCACUGUGGGGCAUUAUUGGUUUCUGAUGACUCGCUCAGGUAAACCACUGCAGGAAUAUCCUGCAUCUGAAAAAGGCUGGACUUGGUUGUGUCUUUGAUGUAGUAAGUUGCCACUGUACAAGAAGUGGAAGGCAGCAAGCCUGCUAGCUGAUCCUUCUGGCAACUUUUAAUCCAUGUUUGUUUGUUUGAGAGACUUUUGCCCUUGGGUGUGCUUUGGCAAAGAUUUUGCAAUGGUAAGUAGGAUUUGCUUGAUUCUGGCAGAGUUUCAAGUAUAAGUAACCCGACGUUGCAAGAACAUAAUCUGUUGCUGAAUCCUGUUCAUCUUGUUUUCCCUCACAUCUGCCCCUUUCGUUGCUAAUUUGUUAUGUUUAAUAGUAAACACUUCUCAACAUGACAGGUCACACGCUGUCAAGAUGUGAAAUGCUAACAGAAGAGGCAUCGAAGCAUGGUUCUGUGCUCUUCCUGUAUUUAUUAAGAUGAAGCUGAAGUAUUUGUUAUUGUACAGUCAGGAACUCUCUCUUGGCUGAUAUUGCCAAAGCAGUAUAACUUUCAAGAAAGAAGGGAGGUGGCUCAGCUGUAGAGGGGAUGUUUUAAGGAACUACUUAAUUUUACAAGCUGCAGCAUCACACUGAAUGGGUGGUGAUCCAGCAUUAUCCUUAUCACUUGAUUGGGAAUUCCAUUCCGGCUCUUUCUACCCCUUGGCAGGUACCUGCUGGUAGGGAGCAGAGUGUAUAUUCCCCUUUAUGCCUCUUCCCACAGAGCUCACCUUGCCCACAAGAAGUUAGAGGGAACUCCAUGCUAGCUUCUGGAAUGCCACCUAGACGUGCAGCAGUAAUGGACAAGAUGUCUUCCUUCAUUACCAGAAAUCAGAAUGUAAUCUGCAAUGUCUAAUGUAAAACAUAUUCAGUUUGGGGUUUUUCUGUUGUUCUGUUUUUGUUUUUUUAAUUGCACAGUAUGAUUGCAAGUUGACUUUAGUUGUUCCAAGGUACUCUUUUCAGUGGUUUGCCAGUAUAUAAUCAUGAACAAAAAUAUUUUUUUAUUGAUUUCUAGGUUGUAUGUUUAACAUUCCAUUCAUGUAAAAUAUGUACAAAUAUAUGUAAUAAAUCUUUUGAAGCACA